GGUCCUAUUGUAUUCCCUAUUAAAAACACCGUGUAUGGAACUCAUACAAUGUUAUUCUCUCUCUCUCUCUCUCUGGUUUUUUCUUUCUGCAUCUGCAUUUAAGGCUUCACCAUUGGGGAGAGAAACCCAAUGAGCCCUAGUGAGUGAGCAACCACCAAUGUCCUUUCAAAUUCAUGAGAGAUAGCAAAAGCUUUAAGCUUUGGUUUGUGCAGGAUAGAUUAUUCACUUUCACUGACGGCAGCUUCUAGCUAGCUAGCUGUCUUUCUGCUCAGUAAAAAAGCCGGAGAAUUAAUUGGUAUUUAGAUUUCCAGGCAGUGUGGUAGUAGCACUCUCAGUUAUUGCAGGCAGCUUAUUGGCUUUUUGUAUAAGUAGAGGGAGAGCAGUGCUUCUGGCUUUUGUGGUGUUGCUUUCAAAUGUGAGAUUGUUAUGGAUUCUGGAAAAAUGCUUGGAGGUGCGGAGGAAUGCCACAGCAGUGAAUCCGGGUGGACGAUGUACAUUGGCUCCCGCCUGGAAGGCGAAAACGACGGUGGCAUGCAUCACGAAGAAGACGAUGAAGGUGGAGAAAAUUAUGGUGGUCAUCGUAAGGGUGAAGAGAGUGACGAUUCAAUGGUCUCUGAUGCCUCGUCCGGCCCGAGCCAUCAUCACGGCCGUCCAUCUAGGUCAGGACAGGGCGUGGCAGCUGCUGAGAAAAAGGGAAAGAAGAAGCCGGCGAAGGAGAAGCAAACCAGAGGUGGAAGGAGAAAGCAGGAGGAGAAAAAGACAAGGCGUUGUUGAUUCACGGCAAGAAACGCUGAGGCGGAAACCAACCGGAAAAGGGUAUUUUGGGAAAGAAGAAAUUGAUUAAGUAGAUGUUUUUUGAUGUUCUUAAUCAUCAGCUAAUUGCUAUUAUUUUGUAGUUAAUCGGGUAAUUAGUAAUGGGGUUAGCUGAUCAAUUGUAUCUCAGGUAGAAAAAUAGGGGUACAAUUUAAUUUUAUGACUAUGGUUUCGUUA